AUGGCGAUUCUAACGGCUAAUGAUAAGGAAAAGAUCAAGAGGGUCAUUCCCAAGGCUAACAACAAGAUCAUAGAUGCGACUGUUGUCAGGCUAUAUAUUGCAUAUCCUGAUCCAACAAAAUGGACAUACACUGGUUUGGUUGGUGCUAUUACCCUUGUUGAUGAUCUUGUAGGUCAUACAUUCUUUCUUAAGUUAGUAGACAUCACAGGAACUCGUGGAGUUGUUUGGGAUCAAGAGUUGUAUGUUGAUUUUGAAUACAAUCAAGAUCGUACCUUCUUCCAUACUUUUGAAAUUGAAGAUUGUCUAGUUGGAUUACUCUUUGAAGAUACCAAUGAUGCAUCUCAUUUUUUUAAAAGAGUCACCACUCGUCAAAAACAUGCUUCCAAACAAACUGCCAACAAUAAAAACGCAAUUGCCUUAAAGGAUAGAGCAGGCGUAAGUGGUCCCCAAGGGCCUGGUUCCAGAGGUGAGUUUGUAGAUACAACUACAGGUCAAAGAUCUAGAAGAGCGAAAGGUGUUCUUUAUUAUGAUGAUGUUCCUCCUCCAGAAUGGAGAUCCUUGUACGCUGAAUUGGCAGCUGCUGGUAUAUCCGAGGACAUGAUAGCCGAUAACAGAGAAUUUAUUAAAGAAUAUAUUGCUCAACAAGGUGGUCCCCUUGUGGGUUUGGAACCACCAGUUCCUAGAAAGUAUUUGGUGAAGCAACGUGAACCAACAGUUCCUGCUGCUAAAGUUAAUACUGCUUCUCCUUCUCCUUCUCUUAAUGGUGCAGUUAAAAAGAAGGCUCCACCUCCACCUCCUCCACCAUCGGCAAAUAAUGCAUCUGUAACUUCUCCACCAUCAUAUACAUCACCUGCGAGUCCUUCAUCUCCUGCUCCAGUUGCUCCACCUGAUUAUAGUCUGUCUGGUUCUACUCCACCAGGUGCGGCAGCCACACCACCUCCAGUACCUUCCAAAGACUCGACACCUGAGGCCCAACAGCCACCUCAGGCUAAACCAGCAGCAAGAGUUUUCCGUGUUCCCCCAGCUACUGCAAAGGCUCCUCCAGUUUUCAACACUCACAUAGUGUCACCUGAUCAGUUUAGACAAGGUCAAACUGUGCCCUCUCCUACAACAAGUAUUGGGCCAAAUUCACCAACUACUCCAAAAUUUAGUGGUUAUCAACACCAACAACAACAUCAGCCUUCCAAUGGUUACCAAAAUUAUAAUCAAGUACCAAAUCAAGCUCAAGCUCACAAUGUACCGCCUCCAAUACAUAAUGCUCCACCUGGUCAAGUACAUAAUGCACCUCCACCGUUACCCCCAUCUACAAGCCGACCCAUUCCUCCACCUCCACCGGCUAGAACUGGUCCUGGUCCUGUUAUACCUGGUCCUGGUCCUGCUAUACCUGGGGGAAGAGCCGUACCUCCUCCGCCACCACCAAGGGCAAGAGGAGCACCCCCACCUCCACCAUCUCGUGGCACAAGACCUAGCAUUCCUCAAGCAAGUGCUGCUGCUCCACCACCACUUCCUCAGGCAGCCAGGCCAUUGCCUCAACAACCCGCGCAUCCUCAGUAUACUCCGCAGCCAAUUUCUCAGCAACAAGAACUACAAUCCCCUUAUCAAGCAACACCUCAGCUGCCAGUACCUCAACAGAAUCAUCAGCAACCUAUUCAGAAUUUCCCUCCACCUCCGGCCCGCCAGCCUGUUGCUACUCCAGUAGCAAACUCCAACAUACCUCCUCCUCCUCCUCCUCCAGCACCCCCAAUGCCUACCUUAGCAUCGUCCACCACAGCUGCUGCUCCACCACCACCUCCACCAAUGCCUGAUUUGGGAUCAUCGGCUGCUGCUCCGCCACCACCUCCACCAAUGCCAGAUUUGGGAUCAUCGGCUGCAGCUGCUCCACCACCUCCACCAAUGCCUGAUUUGGGAUCUGGAGCCCCACCACCACCACCCUUGCCUAAUAUGACUGCACCAGGAAUUGGAGGUGAUGCAGGCGGUGGUCGUGAUGCCUUGCUUGCAUCCAUUAGAAAUAAUGGAGGAAUUGGUGGCUUGAGAAAGACCAAUAAAGAGCAUUUGGAACGUCCUAGUGUCAUUCUUCUGGAGGUCAAAGGAGAACCUCCAGGUGUUCAUGGCUCACUGGCUACUGGUGGUGCUCCUCCACCAGGACAACCAGUAUCUCUAGCAGAUGCAUUAACACUUGCACUUAAUCAAAGAAAAGGAAAGGUAUCCAAGAGUGAUGACGAAGAUGAUGAUGAUUGGUAG